CAGGAAUGCUUUACCGACUGCCAAGCUUGCUGCUAAAUAAGACUAACCAACACCGCGUUAACAGGUUGGACGUGGAAAAGCCUAAGCAUUUUUUGGUUUAUUCACCACUGCAGAUACACCUAUUGCAAGCUAUGGCUCCGAAGCGCAAGAAAGCUCAAUCAAUUAUUGACAUAUCGUUAGGAAGCGACAGCGAUGACUCUCUUGAGGACAAAAAGCGUCGCCGCGCAAGCAGCACUCGUCGAAAACCAGUCGCAUCAGCUGCAGAUGCUGAGGAGGCCUUAGCUAGCAGCAGGGACGGAGGAGGGGAGCAUCCAACGUCGCAGUGCCCUUCUACGGGUAAUGCCGAUGCCCCUCGCGGAGGCAAGCGGAAAACCAAGAAGGCCGAGGCGCCGGAGAAGGAGCAUCGUGUGGACUGCAUGGGUCGCAUAGCCAAAUAUAGAUCCACGCCGUCACGGGAAGUGUACGCGAGGAUACAGCGCGCGAUGCCAGGCUCCGCACACCGCAUGUUCCUGGUGGACUCCAAGCAGCUGUCGGCCCCCGGGUCCUCCGACGGACCUGCGCAGGAGUUCCACGUCCUGGGAGCCACCGGCAAUGUGUACACCGUCGUCAUCAGCCGCAGCCCCAGCUGCUCCUGUCCCGACUUUGCCAAGGGCCACCUGUGCAAGCACGUGCUGUUUGUGAUGCUGAGGGUGCUGCGACAGAGCCCAGACAACCCGGUUAUAUGGCAGAAAGGCCUACUGACUCGCGAAGUGGAGGAGGUGCUGGGUCCGCUGGCGGCGGCAGGCUCCGGAACCGCCGCUGUGGAUCAGUCGGUGCUGGCGACGGAGCUAGUACGGCAACGCUACGCGGCAGUUGCGGGAGGCAGCAGCAGCAGCGGCGCGGCGGGCGCUGCUAGUGGUGGCGGUGGCGUGCAGCGUCCUGUGGAGGGCGACUGUCCCAUCUGCUACGAGGCGAUGGUGGCACCUUCAGGGGGGGGUCGUGGAGCGGAGGCCAAUACGUUUUGCAUGUCUUGUGGCAACAACAUGCACAAGACCUGCUUCGACCGUUGGGCCAGCAGCAAGCGGUCCAGUGGUCAGGUCGUCACGUGUGUGUAUUGCAGAGCGGCUUGGGGGCCCCCGGGAGCUUCAUUCGUUCGUGGUGGCGCCGCCGGGGAUACAGCCGCCGGCUCGGCUGGCGGCAGCGCGGGGGAGUACGUUAACUUGUCGCAGUACAGUGACGCCCACCGGAAUGCGCCAUCCCUGGAGGAGCUGUACGGCGCGAACGCCUACUUUAUCCGGGCCAACAACGGAGACAUGAGCCGCCGCGAGGCGGCACGGCUCCAUGCCGCUGCGAGGGGGUUGGCUUGAGGCAGGGGCUGGUACUUAUCCUGGGCUACCUACCCUGUCUCCGUCGUAUAACAUUUACUAUACCGCCCUUUUUUGUGUGGGAGAGGAAA